CACGGCCACAGCCGCCUGAUCUCGACGCUCCUCCCCACGACAGCCGAGCCCUAGCACCGGCGACGCCGGCACUGCAGCACUAGAGCCAUCCCCAAACGGCGAAUCCCCUCACGGCAAACAGGCAUACCCUAUAGGUCCAUGGUGGUUACACUUGGCACGGCGGGGGCGGCAGAGGGCAGCCACGAUGACGUGGAUUCGGACCACAGGAGUGCUCUGAAAGAUGUUGGCUGUGUUCUGGGUCGCCUGGCCGGAGCACUGGCCGCAGCAGGGGGUGUUUUUGGCACAGUUGGCAGCUCCCGUUGCAGUGCCUCCGGCAAUCUCUGUGGGAUAGCUGAGAUUAUCAACGACGACGUUGGCGGCCCUGCAGGCCUCUGUCUCGCCGGCGAUACGUUUGAACACAGUGGCAGGGUUUUGGUCCGUGUUGGCGAUGGCCGUCCAGUUAGUAUUGGAAAAGGAAACAACCUUGUGUGCAGAAGUGUGGGAUCAAGUGAUUGGGCAAAAAAACCAAUCUACCGACCAAAUUUUCAACUUGAUGACCUCCCAGAGGAUAUGCUGCGCAGGGUAUUUUCAAAAUUGCAGUUUAAUGAGGUUGUUAGAACCAGUGUUCUGUCAAGCAAUUCGAGGCAUAUGUGGACAGUUUCUUCCAAAUUAAGUCUUGAUUGUGUUGCAAUAUGUGGCGGGCAUCGAUAUUUCUGUAGCAAACAGAAAUAUACCCAGAGAUUCAUUGACGGUGUUAAUGCAGUGUUGCGACAGCUUCAUGGCAAGGUGUUUGAAGAUCUUGAGAUCAAAGUUGAAUUUAAUAGCUUACUAGUUGAUCAUCUCAACAGUUGGAUUAGUUUUGCUGUAUCUUCACUUGUGAAGAAUCUAGCACUGGAUUUAGCUCCAGCUGAAUUUGUGGCUGUUAACGUUCGAGAUAAAAAAUUUGUCGAUGUUAAGGAUAGGUACAUGUUUCCCAUUGAACUUUUCGACAGUGCAAGCAUAUCCCGAAUACGACAUAUUCAGCUUAGUUGUGUAUCCUUUAGACCACCUUCCCCAUAUAGGGGUUUCCCAAACUUGAGGAAGCUUGAUCUGGAAUUAUUUGAUGCAUCUGAAAUGGAUCUUGAUGAGGUGCUGUCAGGUUGUUCUAAUCUUGAGUGGCUGAGCUUCUAUAGAUGCGAUGUGAAUGAUGAAUUAAAGGUGAAACAGCCAUUGUCCCGGUUGCUGUACUUGCGUAUCGUGCAUUGCAACAUUAAAAAGGUAGUGUUAUGUGCAGAAAAUCUCAAGACUUUGGAAUACCAUGGAGGGAGGCUACCUAUUGAACUUGGUCAAGUUAAGCAACUCGAAACAGCAGAACUUCGCCUAUAUGGUAUCACUUUUGAAUAUGUCCUCACUGAGCUUCCAGAUUUUAUUUGUUGUGUGCAAAAUUUGACUUUCCAGACUAGUUAUCUACCAUUAGAGAAGCCCUUAUUGCUGGAAAACAUUGGCAGCUUUCCUCAGCUGAGAUUUUUACGGUUGACACUCCUUGUAAGAUAUCGUGAUAAUGACAAUAUUCUCUCAUGGGCAUCCUUCCUUAGGGCUGCCGCUUUGAUUGAGGAACUUGAGAUGCAUUUUGAUGUACAUUUUGUUGGCUUCGGAUGGGGAAAUUUCAAGAUUCUUCCACCUUGUUUAUAUAAUUAUCUAAGGAAAGUGCAUUUCACAGGAUUUAAUGGGGUUAAGGGGCAACGCGAAUUCCUAUUACAUAUAGUGGAAAAUGCCCCUGCACUGAAGGUUUUAACUAUAGAUCCAAAGAAGAAGUUGGGUCUUUGUAACUGUAAGCCUUCAGAUUUCGUAGCCUGUAGAGCUAAAGUAAGAAGUGAGCUUAAGGGAAAACUCUCACCUGGCACAGAAGUCAACAUUCUUUAGGAAUUCGUUUAGAGUGAGUCUGUGCAAGAGGCCGAAUGAAGUGUAGUCUAGGUGCAGGCGCAGCUACCAUGGCAGUUGUGCGUUUCUAUUGUCCAGGCCUAUGUUUGGAGAAAUUAAUUAAUGCAAAUCAUUUAGUUUGUCUUUGUAAAA